AUGCCAAUUUUACCCCAACUUCUUCUUUGUCAAAAGAACCUUGUUGUGUUAAUAAUGAAGCCUGAACUGUCUUCGAUUAUCAAUCCUUUUGGAACCUCUAGCGGACAGUUGUUACAGUUCAUUCAUAUGUUGAUGGUUGACUUUAUGAUGGACCAGAAAAGUCAGGUACAGUUUGAGGUGCCCUAUGUGAUUCCGUUGGUGAAGUUACUUACACAGGUAAUGCUUAUGUCUGUCUGGAUUAUUGAUAGAGAAUACAAAAAAGUCGAGGAGUCGAAGAUUAGCGAGCCUAAACAAAAAAGACCUAGGUUGUUAGGGGAACCACAAGUUCAUCCCUCCAUUAAAAUUCUGCAAGAGACGGUUGAAGUUGCUAUUAACAAGUUUGUCAAAGGAUCUAGCCAAGGCUCGCUUUAUCAGCCCAUUAGCUCCGUAUGUCAUAUUGUCCGAAUGAUAGCUAGUGCCCCAGAAAGCGAAGCGAAACAGCUGCUUCUCCCGUAUGUGAAGCAUUUAUUGUUUUUUCAACUCGCUCGUCUUGAGCCGGGCUCGAUAUCGUUUGAACUUUUUUCAACCUUUUGUGAUCCAACAAAUGAAGACCACGACUUGGAGAAGUUGAAGUUUCUUUGCUUGCUUCGGAAGUCUGGCGGAUUGUAG